AAUAUUCGUGACAUGGCAUCUUGAACAUUGCCGCUUUUUUACUGUACAACAAUAGUAAUGAAUUUGUGAUAGUCAUGUGUUAAUUUUGUAGACAAAAAUAUAUUGAAUCCGCUCGAAAUGAGAUUGUUUUUAAAUCUCGGGAUAACUUCAUGUAAACAGUUACUAUAUAUCAAUACCAAUCUAUUAAAUCGUUCUUCAUGUUGGAAAAAAAUGGCGACCGAAGUGGAAAAAGCCCAAGUUGCAGUUCCUACUGGAGAUACUAUUUUCGGCAAGAUACUUCGUAAAGAAAUACCUUGUAAUUUCAUUUAUGAAGAUGAUAAGUGCGUUGCAUUUCAAGAUAUAAAUGCUCAAGCACCAGUGCAUUUUCUAGUAAUUCCACGAAAACCAAUUUCACAACUUUCAAAAGCCGAAGAUGCGGACGAAGCUUUGUUGGGCCAUUUAAUGCUUAUUGCCCGUAAAGUGGCGAAGCAACAAGGCCUCGAUAAUGGUUUUCGUUUGGUUAUCAACGAUGGUAAACAUGGUGCACAAUCGGUAUAUCAUUUGCAUAUACAUGUUCUCGGUGGUCGCCAAAUGCACUGGCCCCCAGGCUAAAAAAUUCCAUUUCAUUUAAUACAAUUCUAUACGCAGUUAUAAAUUUUAAGAAAUAUCUUUUGUCAAUAAUAAAGUAUUGAAGAAAAUAUUGUUGCUUGUAAUUAAUUAUUUUUAUUAUAAAAUUAAAAAUGUUAUAAUAUUCGAAAAAUGUUAUUUUGAAACCAAAUUAAAAAUCUAUUCUUUUUUAUAUACUUCA